GCGCUCCGCGCUGAGGUAUUUCCCCUUCUGACCCUUUAUUGCCGUCGCGGGCUCUCCUCGCCAUCCUCCGCUUCCAGCCGAGCACAGAUUGCUCGUCCGCUAGCGGGUCCCCGCUCGGCUCCGCCGUCCGCUCCACCGACUCCGCGCCGGCCGGCGGAGGGCGAGGGACGCGCGCCUGGCCAGCCCAGCCCAGCUGCGGGGUUCGGAGAAAGCGAGGUCCGGCGGCACAGAGCGCUGAGUUCUGCACCUCAUCGAGCUCAGAAGGUUCAAGAAAGAAUCCAUUCCUACGUAUGGUCAUGUGGUUCUUUAAAACAGUGUCCCGUCAUGUGCUAUGUUGGUGACAUCACAGGAAGCAAAGAAGUCAGUGUUAGAAGAUAGCAAACGUACAGGAGGUCAUGAAGUAUUCUGGAUGGAUGGCUGCUGGAAACCCAAUGCCUUAGCCAGCUCUUCUUCAAUACUUAAGGAUUUACUCUGGCAUUGAGUAAUGAGAAUUUUGAAACCAUAUUUGAGAAGUACUUCCAUCCAGUGCUACUUGUGUUUACUUCUGAACAGUCAUUUUUUAACUGAGGCUGGCAUUCAUGUCUUCAUUUUAGGUUGUAUCAGUGCAGGUCUUCCUAAAACAGAAGCAAACUGGCAGCAUGUAAUAAGUGAUUUGAAAAGAAUUGAAGAUCUUAUUCAAUCUAUACAUAUGGAUGCCACUUUAUAUACUGAAAGCAAUGCUCAUCCCAGUUGCAAAGUAACAGCGAUGAAAUGCUUUCUCCUGGAGUUACGUGUUAUUAUGCAUGAGUCCAGAAAUUCAGACAUUAACGAUACGGUAGAAAACCUUAUCAUCCUAGCAAACAGCAGUUUAUCUUCCAUUGAGUAUAAAACUGAAUUGGGAUGCAAAGAAUGUGAGGAGCUGGAGGAAAAAAGUAUUAAAGAAUUCUUGAAGAGUUUUGUACAUAUUGUGCAAAUGUUCAUCAACCCUUCUUGAUUGCAGCUGAUCCUUUUCAGCAUUUCUAUUAUUAACAAGCAGCUCCCCACUGCUUAGAGGCAACAAUGAAACACUCAGCAUUUCAAAUGUGCUGCCUAAAUAAAUUCUUCUGGCAAGAGGAUGAUCAGGAUCUUUGGUCAGAUGAACUCACAGAAAUGAAGGCCGAACAAUGGCAUUGAGUACCAUGGUGUCUAUGAACG